AUGAUCGUGGAUGAGAUCUUUCGAACAUUCCUAUCAAGUCUUGAUGUCAAACGUGCAUCUAAAGCGGAAAGCAAUGAGGAGAGUGAAAAAGUUUCAUCCCCAUCUGACAGGCGGACAGCAAAAACUUUCCGGUUGUUAUCAUCGUCUUACUUUUACGAAGAGUACUAUGGUUCAAAAUCAAAAACUAAUGGAUCUCAUUCAACCCGAGUUAAACCUCCUCAGUAUUUGUACAUUCAUACACUAAGUGCACUAUUCCUUUGUAUUACUCAAGGUUUAAUUCAUACACCGAAUUUCUCAUUCCCUACAAAUAAUGGGUCCAAUACAUCUGGUCGGAAGUUUUCCUCAUCUGCUAUGUCUACCCCAACACAAAGUUCAUUGGUCUCUGAAGCUGUUACAGUGGAUAGUGUACAAUUUAUUAAAGAUGAAAAACAUGUAUUGAGCAGUUAUAGUACAGCUGUUAGACAUGCGCACUACUUGAUGUCUGGUUUAUUCAAGAGGGUUAACAUGAAAACUGAAUAUGAUAUGCGAUCUAUCUUGGAAACAGUUACAAAUGACUUGAUAAGCGUCACCUUUCAUGCUCCUAUAGAGUGGCCAGUCUCUGGUGUUCUACUAAAUGUACUCAGCAGUCUUUUGAUUCAACAACUGAAUCAAACUAAUCAAAGCUCAGCAAAUCCAAGUGCAUCUGGUUCGCGUGCACAGAAUGCUGAAUUAUGCAGUAAACUUUUAGCUGUUGAUACUCUCACCUCACUAGCUGUUGGUCUGAAACAAGGAGCUAAAAUACACAAUUUAGACUUAUCAUCACCAUCAUCCUUUCAGCAUAAAAUUCAGUCUGCAUUGGAAGAGGCUAAAGAUGAAGGAAUCAAUGAGAACAUGUAUCAAGCCUGCUUAAUUGGUUUAUUGUCAUCACCAAUCCCAGUAAUGCACUACUGGUAUUUUUCAUUGUAUGAUAUUCUUAAAACAACCAAUGGGAAUGAUAAAUCAGAUUUCACGGAAAUCUGUGAGCGUUUGAAUGUCGAUCAGAAUAUAAUGCGCUUUCCUGAACUUUGUUCAAAGUAUUGUGAUUUUCUUCUAGUGAUUUCAUCUGCUGCUUGGCUGCAUAAUUGUAGCAGAGGUGCUUUAGCCACAAGUGCAGAUGCUUCUACAGGAAAUGCAAGAGAUCAUUCUAGUAAUUCAACAAAAAGUAGACCUAAUACUGAAAGAAUUCGCCACCAAUUGUUAGCUGAACUUGCGCUGACGCAUUUACACUCACCUGUUUCUUCACCUGGAUUUUCUUAUUCUAAACAAAACUUAUCCUCCGCUGGUGUUACUUGUGCGGGAUGUCCUCAUUCAUCUUCACGAGGUCGUACAAACUGUAUAUGUUGUUCAUGUAUGGGAUGGGGAGGUUCGUUCAUAGCUCAGUCCAUGUCAUCUCAACGUUUUAUUACAUAUACUCAGUUAUCAAGGUUAUGCAGUAGCAUUCGGUUUCGUUUGGUAGCCCAUGCUCAUAUCUCUGCAGUUUACCUUCUUGGGGCUCAUUCAAUUUUACCGAAUUUCGAUGUUCUCUAUAGUUUUAUUUGUAAGUUAGCCGGAGACUCUUCAGUACCUAUGCGAUCCAAAGCACUACGUUGUCUUGCUUUAUUUAUUGAUGCUGAUCCGAAACUAAUGUGCUUAAAUAAAGAUAUCAAUGAAAAUGACGGCAAAUCUAUUAUUUCAUCGAACCCGAUUUUUGAUAUAUCACAUAUUGUUCGCUCACGUUUACUGGAUAACUCGACUGCUGUUCGAGAAGCUACUGUUGAUUUGAUUAGUCGAUUCUUGACAUUACGUCCGCAAUUUCUGGCUGAAUAUUAUUCUAUUAUUGUGGAACGUGUCUUAGACAAAGGUCUUAGUGUACGUAAACGAGUUAUCCGAUGUUUUCGUGACUUGUUACUCAAUGACUGGAAUAAAUUUAUGGACUUUUCGAAUUCAAAUUCUAAUCGACAUGGUUUCUCCCUUAUUGGAAGUGAAAUUUGCACAGAUAUAUGCUUAAAACUGAUUCGGCGUCUACAUGAUGAAGAUAGCAUUAAAAAACUGGUAAUUGAAGUUUUUCAAGAGUUGUGGCUAACUCCAAUAUCCAAGUCUCAUGCUCGUUUUUCAAAAGUUCUUGAUCGACGGAUCAUAAGUUUAGCGUCAGUGACUUUAACACUUAGACCAAACAACUUUGACCUGCUGGAUAGUUUUAUUGUCCAAGCCUCAUCUGAAGAUGAUUCGCAUCCUGCAGGAUGUCAGUUUGACACGGCUUGUAAACAGAUUAUUGGACGUCUGAUUGUUUUAAUCAAACGACGUAUCGGUCCCUUACUGGUUCCAAGUUCUAAACAGAUUCUAAAACAAGGCGACACAGUCGAAUCUCGAACAUCUCAUUCAAGUUCUAUUUUGUCUAAUAUUCAUGGUCUCAUGGCUUGUUUGCAUUUGGUCAGUCACAGCAAACCCAAUCUUAUUCGACCUUAUGUUGGAUUUUUCAUGGAUCUUUUACAUAAGAUAUGCUUAUCAGCUCCAGGAACAUUUACCAGUACUGAACAAGCACCUGACCGAACGAAACCAGCUAAUACUCAGUGCCUUUAUCAUCUAAUCAAUGUGGUAGAAAUUGUACUCACUGAAAUAGCAUGUGAUUUAAGCGAAUCAGAUAGUCCACCUUUAGAAGAAGCUAUGUUUGCUGGUGUUCCGCGUACUAACUUCUUCCAGUUACAAAGUGAUUUGCUUCAGUUUGUUCAGCGGCAAGGUCGUUUAGUUGUCGAUUCAGCCUUAUCAUGUUUAGCAGUUCUUGUCAAUCAAGUUUUAAAAGAUCAAACUCAGGUUAUGUGCUGUUUUGCACAGUUUUAUAGUCUUCUUACUGAUCUUUCAUUGGAACUACGAGAAGCCUUUCCACUAAAAUAA